AUUUGUAAUCCUAGUAACUAACCUAGUAAUCCAACUAAUAACUAGAGUAGCCGAAGGAAUAAGAUAAAGAACUAUGGAGAGGAUAUCAGAUUUAUACCACGAUGUUCCUGAAAAACCUCAGUAUUUACAAGCAAGCCGUACAAACACAAAAUUGCCAGAAGACACGUCUAAAUAUGUAAACCCAUUAAUAUUUGAAAGCGUGGUCUCUAUAAAUUAUUCCAAAAAUAGACAGGAAAAGUAAUUUUAUGUCUCUCUCGUGUUUUUUCUUCUUUUUUUAUUAAGGUAAAGAUAAGCCGUUGAAUCACAAGAAGAAAAGAUGAGUUCUUUGUGAUGUGGCGACACUUGUUUUCAUUCUCCUGUUACACAUCGUUAAAUUUUGAAUAAUUUCUUGCGAAUCAUGAGUACAGGGGAGUGGGAAGAAUUUCCAACGUAUUUGGAACUAUUCAGAGCUGUGCGAGAAUAUUUGAAGAAACGCUUCCAGGAAAAUGCAGAUUUUAUUUCCACACCUGUUGCGCAACCUGUUUACAAUUUCGGUCGAGCGGAUAUACUUUUUGUUAUUGUUUCUGCUAUAGGAUGGACUUUUUCGAGGAAGGUAAUUACAGAAAGGAUUUUGAAGCCUCUUGGACGACAUUAUGUCCUCACUCCAUCCAACCAAUCAAAAAUGCCAGAGAGUGUCUGGAAAUUUUUUUACUGCUUGACUGCUUGGAGCGUCAACUGCUACAUUCUUAUAUUAAGCGGUGAUUAUGAUUUUUUUCACAAACCAAGUUCCGUCUGGACUGGUUGGAAUUUAACUGAAUCUCUACCGACUAAAAUGUACCUGUUUUAUAUGGCUCAGGGUGGAUUUUAUCUGCAUUCCAUAUAUGCAACAAUAUUUAUGGAUACGUGGAGAAAAGACUCCAUUAUUAUGAUGAUCCAUCAUGCAUCUACUCUAACACUUAUAGUCUUUUCAUUUGCACUGAGGUGUCAUAACAUUGGUUGCUUUGUUCUUUUUCUUCAUGAUAUUUGUGAUAUUUUUCUUGAAUUUUCCAAAUUGAAUAUAUAUUUCAAAAUUCAAGGUGACAAAAUUGUCAAGAUGCAUGAAUGGCUCGCCAAUAUCGCAUUUCUGAGUUUCACUGCAGUAUGGUACAUUUCUCGGUUAUAUUGGUAUCCACUCAGAGUUCUUUAUACCGGGAUAUCCGAUAUUAACGGAUUGCAAUCAGUAUUACCUUGUUCAUUGCUUAUGAAUGGCUUAUUGUGGAUUUUGCAAAUUUUAAAUGUUUAUUGGUUUUAUCUUAUCCUUCAUAUGUCCUAUAGAGUGGUCACUGGUCAAUCAGUUGAAGACGCAAGAGAAUAUGAUGUCAUGGAAAAAAUAUACCAAAAAGGGAGUAAAAAGCUCUCUUAGUUAUAUGAAAUUAAGUAAUAGGUAAGGGUAGAAUUAAUUUGAAGUACAAUCGAAUAAAAUUUCAUUUUAA